AUGAAGACCCAUUGCUUAUUGUCCCUGUCACUGCAUCUGCACUUGAUCCGUGCAGGUCGGCGCACUGGCAAGGCAGCAGCAGUGCAGCAGGCGAGGGACGGAAAGGCAGGGAGAGGGGGGAAGGCGGAGGAGAAGAGUGAGGAGGACUUAGUCACAAGGAAGCAGCAGCUGCUGGAGCAAGCCGUUCAGGAGCUGCGAGCCAAGUUUGGGCGGGAGGCAGUGAUGGUUCUGGGCGGCACUGAGGCGGACUUGGCCGCCCACCGCGUCCCAGUCAUCCCCUCAGGCUCCAUCGCCCUAGAUUCCGCCCUCGGGAUUGGGGGCUUCCCUCGGGGCCGAGUGGUGGAGAUCUAUGGGCCCGAGGCAACAGGCAAGACAACCCUGGCGCUACAUGUGGUGGCAGAGGCUCAGAAGAGAGGAGGCAGCAGGCAGAGGCGCAGAAGCGAGGAGGUGAGUGGGGAGGGGAUAGAGGGGAAGAGAGGGGGGUGUUGGCAACAUUGUGACUGCUUGUGGCGAAGGCAACAUGCAACACAACACUGGCGCCGCAUGUGGUGGCAGCAGAGGCGUAGAGGAGAGGAGAGGAGUGUGAGUGGGGGAGGGAGGGGGGCAAAAGCAGGGGGCGCUGGGGGUGGACAGUGGACAGACAUGACUCGCAUUCACCUGGUGGAUCAGAACGUCAGGAGUGGUGCCUAUGACGUCAUUGUGGUGGACAGCGUGAGUGGAACAAGUGCGAGUGCUUUCGAGUUGUGGGCUUCAGGAUUACGGUUUACGAACAGUGGGGAGACAGGACUUGCUCCGGUGGAUCAGAACGUUAGGAGUGGCGCCUAUGACGUGAUUGUGGUUGAUAGUGUGGCAGCGCUGGUGCCCCAAGCGGAGCUGGAAGGAGAGAUGGGGGACUCCUUCAUAGCCCUGCAGGCGCGCAUGAUGUCUCAGGCGCUGAGGAAGCUGUCAGGGGCGCUCAACCGCUCGCAGGCAGUGCUCAUCUUCGUCAAUCAGGUGCGGUCGAAGCUCAUGAUGGGAGGGCCAGGCAUGGGCAUGCCGGUGGAGGUGACGUCGGGGGGGAAUGCGCUCAAGUUCUAUGCGUCGCUGCGACUGCACAUUAAGAGAGUGGCGCAGCUGAAGCAGGGAGAAAAGAUUGUUGGUAACCGCGUGCGCGUAACUGUGAACAAGAACAAGCUUGCGCCGCCCUUCCGCACGGCAGAAUUCGACAUUGAGUUUGGCCACGGGAUAUCCCGGGAGGGGGAACUCCUGGAUUUGGGGGUGAAAGAAGGCUUGCUUACGCUGUCUGGUGCGUGGUACAAAAAGGAUGGUGAAGUGAUCGGGCAGGGGAAGGAAGGCGCGAGGAACUUUCUUAAGGAGAACGUGGAGGUUGCGAGGGAGAUUGAGGAGGGGAUUAGGGAGAGGCUGGGUGGACGGAGGAGAGAGGUCGAUGGGGAGGGUAAGAAGGGGGGAGUGGAGGGAGGGAAAGGUGUGGAAAGUGGAGAGGGAGGGAAAGAGGAGGGAAGUGAGGAGGAGAGUGAGGGAGAAGAGAUUAGUUUGGAAGUUGUUGACAGCAGUGUUGUCACUGGAGUGUCCGGUUAA